AUGGUCUCGUGCCCGAUCUGCGGCAAAUCAGUCAAUGCGAACAGGAUCAAUGACCACAUCGACUCUGGCUGCGAGUCCCAUUUCGAGAACGGCGAGAAUGGAGGUAUCAGCAGGUCCUCAACACCUGUGUCCAGCUUCUUCAAGACGCCUAUAGCGAAGAAAGAGAGCACGCUCAAUGGUACAGGCGGUAUCAAUGGCGACCACCCAACCUCGUCCCCAAGCCUUCCACCAGCGCUCUCUACUUCCACCUCUUACAAGAAACGAACAUUCGCCGAAACCACCACUACACCCAUUGCCAACACUGAUCAAAAUGGCCACCACACACCCACUACCGACCAGCCCUCCGCAGCGCCCGACUCCCCUCCCCUCCGCAAGAAGCCCAAGCUCUCUCCCAACGCACCCCUCCCCGAACGUAUGCGCCCACACACUCUCAACGACAUCGCCGGACAACAAGCCCUGAUCGGACCCAACGGCCUCCUGCGCGGCCUGAUCGAAAGCAACACCAUUCCCUCACUCAUUCUCUGGGGCCCGCCCGGCACAGGGAAGACCACGAUCGCACGCAUCAUCGCCUCAACCUGCAACUCGCGCUUCGUCGAGAUCAACUCCACCUCGACUGGCGUUGGGGAACUGAAGAAAUUGUUCGGUGAGGCAAGGAAUGAGUUGGGCUUGACUGGGCGGAAGACGAUAUUGUUCUGUGACGAGAUCCAUCGGUUCUCGAGGAGUCAGCAGGAUGUUUUCCUGGGGCCGGUUGAGAAGGGGGAGGUUACGCUUGUGGGUGCUACGACUGAGAAUCCGAGUUUCAAGAUGCAGGGGGCGUUGUUGAGUCGGUGUCGGGUGUUCGUGCUUGAGCAGCUCACUCCGGCGGACACUGAGACGAUCCUACGACGCGCGCUGGCUGCUGAGCUGGCCACCACGACGGAGGACUCACCCCUCCACACGGCAACCCUCCUCUCUCCGGAAAGCGACGAGCUCAUCCCCUUCCUCGCCACCACCUCAACCGGCGACGCCCGGACCGCCCUCAACCUCCUCGCCUUGACCCUCUCCCUGCUUGCCACAGACCCCGAACUCACCCUGGCCCAACUCAAACCGCAUUUGACGAAGACUCUCCUCUACGAUCGCGCUGGCGACGCGCACUACAACGCCAUCUCCGCCUUCCACAAAUCCAUCCGCGGCUCGUCACCCGAUGGCGCACUAUACUACCUUGCCCUCAUGCUGCAGUCGGGUGAGGAUCCGCUGUAUAUCGCGCGCCGCAUGAUUGUGAUUGCGAGCGAGGACAUCGGACUUGCUGACAAUUCAAUGCUCAGCCUCGCUACAGCUACCUACACAGCGUGUGAAAAGGUAGGGCUGCCGGAAGCGAGGAUCAACCUAGCACACUGCGCCGUAGCACUUGCCCUUGCACCAAAAAGUACGCGCAGCUACCGCGGCCUAGCCGCUGCCAUGCAUGCUGUGGGCAAGGAGGAAGGGGUGAUGGGGUUGAAGGUUCCACCGCAUCUGUGUAAUGCGCCGACGAGGCUACUCAAGGACAUGGGCGUCGGCAAGGGAUACAAAUACAAUCCGGACUACAUGGGCGGACGCGUCAAGCAAGAAUACCUACCACCAGAACUCGAAGGACGCGUAUUCCUCGAAGACGACAACCUUCCAGGCACGAAAGGGGUGGACGAGGACUUGGAUGAUGAGGAGCGGGAGGAAGUGCUAGCAGAGGAGGAGGACAGGCUGGGACUGAAGAGGAAAGCUAGAGAGCCAGGAGAGCAGCGAAGAACGAAUGGGGCGGGCUCCACAGGGGACGCAGAAGGUGUUGUGGAGGGCGAAGAGUUGGUGCUUGCCGACGAGGACUUUUGA